AUGGGAAGAUAUGCCUUUGCAGAAGAACUCGAAGGCUUCUCCGAUCGGGAUGAAGUUUGCGGUGUCGUCGGGGAACCACAUGGAAACGAAGGUGUCUUUGGGGUCUCUGCAGAUGUAGACAAUUUCGCAACUCGAAUCGUGGAUGGAUCUUGGCAAGCAUCUAGUGGUUCAAAUAACGAUGGCGGCGGCGGCAGCAGCAGCAGCAACAUCAAGGAACAAGACAGGCUACUCCCCAUAGCCAUCGUCGGUCGGAUAAUGAAACAAAUCUUGCCCCCGAAAGCCAAAAUCUCGAAAGAAGCCAAAGAAACCAUGCAGGAAUGCGUCUCCGAGUUCAUCAGCUUCGUCAUCAGCGAAGCGUCCUACAAGUGCAAAAGAGAAAUGCGCAAGACCAUCAACGGCGACGAUGUUUGCUGGGCUUUGGCGACGCUUGGCUUCGACGACUACGCGUCGCCGCUGAUAAGGUACCUUUAUAAAUAUAGAGAGCUCGAAGGAGACAAAGCAGCGGCAAAUCAAGACAAGGGUAUUGCUGAUCACGACAGCAACAUCGAAGACUCCAAUCUGGAUAGGUAUUAAUUAAACAACAUAGUUUUUUUGUCUUUU